AUGCAUCUUAUAGUGCUUUAGAUGAUGAAAAAGAAAAAAUAAGAAUUCAUUAUUGGAGAUGGUUAGUAUGACCGAUUAUUCUCUCACUAUACUAGUACACAUUUCUAGUUUCUCUUCGAGAAUCUGAAUGGACAAGAUGGCAUCCAUUCGCUACUGAAAAUAUUGAAAAAAGUCAAAGUUUAAAUACUGAGACAAUUCUGAGUAGUAUUGUUGAUGAUGAUACCUUUAAUGAUGACAAUAGUCAAUCAACAACAAGUCAAUCAAUGGUUGAAACAAUUCUGUUUUCAAUACAAGCAAAAUUAUAUAAAAAAUUAACAAAAAAAUGGAAAUUGAUUAGUAAAGGAGAAAUUGAAAUCGUCAAACAUAAAAAAAAUGGUAUUGUUAGACUUCGUUUUUGGCGUUCAUCUCCCAUUGAACUUUUACUUGUUCAAUAUGUGAGUAGUGAUAAUUUUCAAUUUUGUCCAACUCGAACAAAUUUAACAGUAUGUUGGAAAGGUAGAAACAUAUGUAUGUCAACAACAAACAGUAGCAAUAAUACAAGUAGAGAAGGAAAAAUACAAAAAUAUGCUAUAAAAUUUACUAAUCGUCGAGUUGCAUCUGAUUUUCGUGAUUAUCUAAUUAAGUUCAGAAAUCACGAGUGA